CUCCGCGAAGGGGUGUGCGUUUUGAAGGUUGUAUUUAUCUCGCUAACAUCACAUUACAAGGAGUACACUUGCGGAGGGAUAACAUUCGAAGCCACUGUUGGAGCUAGAAAACGGUGUGAUGGAUGGAGCCACAGCUCCUCAUACUGACUGAGUUCAAGUAAGGUCUUGUCGGGACAGGGUACGGCGCAUACACGGAUGCGAAAGCAUGGAAUGCAGUUCAAAUAUCUAUGAUCCCCCCACACAAUUGCAACGUGACAGUUCUAAACGUUUCAUUCAAGGUCAACAUUGGACUUCGGUCAGCUGUAACCGCGGACAUUAUCGAUGAUAUUUAUCUUCUGGUGGAACAGAAAUUGUAUCAGCAGCAUCUUUUUUUUAACUGGUCGGCGGUGAGCAAUGACAUCUUUCGCGGAAGAGAUUUAACCUACGCUGUCAGUAUCUGAAGCAAGAUUUCGGACCAAGUUUUCAAUUCAAAGUUGUGAUAUUUAGGAGAGGGUGUGUAACUUGCUAACCAACACAGCGCCGUAGCCGUGUCUUGAGCUCUCCGUUGCCUGGACGGAUAGCUAGCUCAGGCACCUUCGACGUUUCCUGCUUUCGCGAACGUCGUUAGCCAGCUUGCUACAGUACCUGGAACUGCCGCAUCCAUCUCACUAAAGUUGCCUAGCUAGCCAGCCAGUUGUCGAACAUGGAUAUGUUGUCGGUCCUUUGGAAAACCAGUUGCUAGUGAGGAAAGUGUGUUCAUUACACGCUAACUACACGAUUUCCAGCUCCCCCUAAAUUAUUUUAAGUUAUAAAAACGAAUUGCAACAUGUCUGUUCGCGUAGCUUUACACUCACCCACUGGCUCCAGAAGUUUUCUGGAGCGGGGACUCCUACUUCUGGUGAUGUUGAUCUUUCUGGAGGGCACCGUACUGACGCUUGGAGCUGCCAGCUCACCGGACAUCAGCGCUCAGGACAACACUGGAGGAGGACACGACCGCCGCGACGACCACCGAGGGAUAGCAGGCAGCCACGAACAUACUAACUACACGUACACAAAAAAGGCCUUCCCCGUCCUGUCUCUAGAUUACCAUCACAUACAGGUGCCUUUCGAGAUCUCGUUGUGGGUGUUGCUGGCCUCAUUAAUGAAAUUGGGGUUCCACCUGAUCCCGCGGCUGUCCAGCAUCGUGCCCGAGUCCUGUCUGCUCAUUGUGGUGGGCCUCCUGGUCGGCGGCCUCAUCAAGCUGGCGGGCGAGGAGGUACCCCCCGUGCUGGACUCCAACCUCUUCUUCCUGUGCCUCCUCCCCCCGAUCAUCCUGGAUGCGGGCUACUUCCUGCCCAUCCGGCCGUUCAUGGAGAACAUCGGCACCAUCCUGAUGUUCGCCGUGGUCGGCACCCUGUGGAACGCCUUCUUUGUAGGGGGUCUCCUCUACGCCGUGUGUCAGAUCGAGGGCACAUACCUGAGCCAGGUCGAGCUGCUGCCCUGCCUGCUGUUCGGGAGCAUCAUCUCGGCCGUGGACCCGGUGGCCGUGCUGGCUGUGUUUGAGGAGAUCCACAUCAACGAGCUGCUGCACAUUCUGGUGUUCGGAGAGUCGCUGCUCAAUGAUGCCGUCACUGUGGUCUUAUACCACCUGUUUGAGGAGUACUCUGGCGCAGGUGAGGUAACUCCGAUGGACGUGGUCCUUGGGGUCAUCUGCUUCCUGAUUGUGUCGCUGGGCGGCAUCGCCGUGGGCGCCAUCUACGGUAUCCUGGCGGCCUUCACCUCCCGGUUCACCUCGCACACCCGCGUCAUCGAGCCCCUCUUCGUGUUCGUUUACAGCUACAUGGCAUACCUCUCGGCCGAGAUGUUCCACCUGUCUGGAAUUAUGGCGCUGAUUGCAUGCGGCGCUGUGAUGCGACCCUACGUGGAGGCCAACAUAUCCCACAAGUCCCACACCACCGUCAAGUACUUCCUGAAGAUGUGGAGCAGCGUGAGCGAGACCCUCAUCUUCAUCUUCCUGGGCGUGGCCACGGUGGCCGGGCCGCAUGCCUGGAACUGGACCUUUGUCUCCGUCACCGUCAUCCUUUGUCUGGUGUCACGUGUCAUUGGCGUGGUGGGCCUUACCUUUAUCAUCAACAAGUUCCGCAUCGUCAAGCUGACCACCAAGGACCAGUUCAUUGUGGCCUACGGUGGCCUGCGAGGGGCCAUUGCCUUCUCCCUGGGCUACCUGCUAGACAAGGAUCUCUUCCCCAUGAGGACCAUGUUCCUCACCGCCAUCAUCACCGAAAUCUUCUUCACCGUGUUUGUACAGGGCAUGACUAUCAAACCCCUGGUGGACCUGUUGGCCGUGAAGAAGAAGCAGGAGGCCAAGCGCUCCAUCAAUGAGGAGAUCCACACCCAGUUCCUGGACCAUCUGCUGACUGGCAUUGAGGACAUCUGUGGACACUACGGCCAUCAUCACUGGAAAGACAAGCUAAACCGCUUCAACAAGAAGUACAUAAAGAAGUGCCUGAUAGCGGGCGAACGCUACAAGGAGCCGCAGCUCAUCGCCUUCUACCACAAGAUGGAGUUCAAGCAGGCCAUCGAGCUGGUGGAGAGCGGCGGGGGCGUCAAGCUGCCCUCCGCCAUGCCCUCGCAGGUCUCCAUGCAGAACAUCCAGCCCAAGAAGCUGCCGCCCGCUGUAGCAGAGCGGGCCCUGCCUCAGUUCACCAAGGGCCGUGAGGAGGAGAUCAGGAAGAUCCUCAGGAGUAACCUGCAGAAGACCCGCCAGAGGCUGCGCUCCUACAACCGACACACUCUGGUGGCCGAUCCCUUCGAGGAUGGAUGGAACGACUUCCUCCUGAAGAAGCAGAGGAUGAUCGAGCUAGAGAAGAAGAUGACAGAGAUGAGUAACUACCUCACGGUCCCUGCCGCACCUCCCGACUCCCCCACCAUGUGCAGAGCCAGACUGGCCUCGGACCCCAAUGCCUUCUACAACAUCAAGGCGUCUUCAGAAGGCGUCCCCACCAUCCAGGUGGACCUGGCCUCCCCCCAGUCCCCGGACUCUGUCAACAUGCUGAACGAGUUCUCCAAGCGGGGUGCCACGGACCAGGGCCUGGGUCAGAGGGAGGGGGCCACCCGGGAUGAGGACCAAGGCCUGAUGAUGAAGCCGUCCUCAGCCGGGAAAGUGGAGAAGGGAGAGGAAGACGGGGGAAACAAGAACCCAGGGCUGAUGAGGUGUCUGAGUGACCCGGGCCCUAGUAAUGAGGACGAGGAGGAUGAACCAUUCCUUCCCUAAAAAACAACUAGCUCCUCCCAUUGUGAGGAAUAGGGAGGGGCCUGGUUGCAACAGCUCCUCCCCCUGAGCGGGGCACUACAGGGGAAAGGUCCUCCUCCUUUCACUCCACCACCACCUCAUUUGAGUUUGCUAUCCCAUUGGUUGAGGAACCAAUAAAGCCAAAACUGUUAAGGACUUAGGACAUAACUUGUUUUAUGAACCAAAAGAGAAAAGGAGACUAAAUAGCCAUCUUUUUUCAAUAGUUGUCAUUGCUCUUUUUUCAUUUUUUAAGUGAUAGGAAGGAAGAUCGCUGCCUUGGGUGAUCUUGGGUUUAGUGAGAAUUAGCCCGAAUGACGGGGGAACAUAAUUAUGCGUUACCAAAGUUUUGGACUGGUGACAAAGUUUCACAUUUGUUUUCAUAACGUUUACGAUUGUUCUUCUACUUUCAAGAAAAGUUAGCCUUAUUAUUUUCGUCAGACACAGAAACUCCUUUUCACUUGUUGCAUUUGAUCACGCAAUUAACUGCUUGUUUUUUGAAUUUCAGGGUUAAUAUGAGACUGUUGUUUAUGUGGCUGUCUUUUGUCAUCGUUUGUCAUUCAGUUGGUCAGAGUUCUACUUGGUGUACUCGGUGCUGUACACUGGAUGUUCUUCCCACUGGAUGUUUUCACUGUGCUAAUCUCGACGGACCUCUCUCUUCACCACCUCGCCUAUGGAGACCCUAAGGCAAUGCGCAGGCUUGGAAAUGUUGAGAUGCAAACCUGGCAUCGCCGCUUCAAGCGUCGCCUCGAUUUUAAUCGAAUGUACGAAAUCGGCAGCAUCACCGAGACGUGUAUGCUGUGCAGUAUAAGCUCAUUUACAUAAAAGAAGGAUUGUGAUGCAACACCAAGAGAUUUGUUGAUCUUGAAUGGACUUAACUCCCCUAUAUAUAAGCCAAUCCCUAAAAUCACACCAAAUACUGUUAUCCUCCUGACACCCAGCCAAAAAAGGUUUUGUAAUGUCUUCAUUUUGUGUUUUGAGUUCAAAUAAUUGACAAAGACAAAUUUGUACGUGCGCUGUAGUGGACAAAAAGAAACGGUUGAUAGUAAAUAUGAAAAAUGUAUAUUACAGUAAAUGGGUACAGUAGGUAAACAUAUAUUUGUCACAUCAUGUGGUCCUCUACAGAGGACAUUUAUAAACCAGCUCUUAUUUAAACGUGGGAAAAUGAUUACACUGCUCUGAAAACUCACCAAAUUAUUUCUAAGAUAUUUACUCAAAGCAAUUUGAAUAUCAAACUCACAAAGAUUAUAAUUACGCACGCUUAUCUUCUUACCACAACACAUGCUAAUUGUGUUGGCAGCCAUUUUGAAACCCCAGGAAGAGAAAGUUAUCCACUCAUGUGAUAUCAUUGAAAAACCCAGAAUGUCCUCUCGGAUACAACAGGACUUAAUGCAGUGGCAUGUUAAAGAGUGUACAAAAAUGAAUUGGUGGGUCUCAGGAGGAUAUGUUCCCUUUAAGAAAAUGCUCUAGUACCAUUUCAGAACCAUUUUGUGGUGUUUUCUCCGUAUUCUCUUGCCGGUAGUCGCAUCUUACAAUUCAUCUUAUGGGUUUGAUCUAUUCUUUACUCUCUUGCACCUUAUUUACAUCAGCUGUUUUUGACAUUUUUAAAAGACCCUGUUGCCAGUUUAACAUUCCCCAUUGGUUCUUAGCACUCCCCUUUUGAAAAUCUAGUGUUCCAUAGACAUUUGGGGUUUAAGGCAUCGCUGUAAAGGAUAUGAGGUGUGAGGGGACUAUGGAUGUUUAUCGUCCAACCACCUCAAUGGCCAAUAAUAUAUAAUUAAUUUAACCUUCAUUUAUCCAGGCGAGUCUAUUAAAAACAAAUUCUUACACUCGGACUACACCGGCUGUGCAUGCGUCCACCAUCGCGUGUAUGUUGAGUUUUUGUCGAUCUACACCAGACGUGAUCAUGACACGCAGGUUAAAAUAUCAAAACCAACUAUGUUCAUUUGGGUCAAGUCGAAACAAGAAACAUUCACGGACAUUUAGCCAGCUAGCUCUUGCUAGGUAGUUUGUCCUAGGAGAUGGACAUUUAGCCAGCUAGCUCUUGCUAGGUAGUUUGUCCUAGGAGAUGGACAUUUAGCCAGCUAGCUCUUGCUAGGUAGUUUGUCCUAGGAGAUGGACAUCGGGUUGAUAUUUUACCCGACAUGCAUAUGGUCCUAUUAUUAGCUGGUUCUUUGUAGAACUUUUGACCCAGAGUGUUUCUCUACUCCGACGUCUAAUCCGUAGAUGAAAAAGGGAAACCUAGUUCGUUUUUAGUUCGUUAUCUUUAGUGAAUCUCUCCUCGUUUUGUCUCUCAAGCUUUCGCGUGGGUUUGUGACUUCCUGAUAUCCAAUGAGGAGGGGACUUGCAGCGCGCGACUCUAAUAGAACAAAGUUGUAUUUUAGCUCUUGGCUACGCAGACCCUUCAUCACGCGAGCGAGCACCACAUGGCCGGUGAAUGAUGGCCUGGAGAUACAGGCUUGAGGACAAGAGCCGAACGCAAGAGCCAACACCUAUUCUGCUCGCACGACAGCGUAAAGCUAAUCUAGGGUUUGCGUAAGACUAUGAAAACCUUGACGUGUACAGUAUAUGGUUGUAUAGGUAUUAUGUAUACAGUACAUUGCUUCUCUUUUCUACACAAAGCCAUAAGAUCAAAAGGAACAAUUGAAUAAUUGAUUUGAUUUUGAUUCAAAAGACUGCUUGCUAUAUUGUCAAUGUGAUUACUGUCGCUCAUCGAUCUGAACAUCUCAAGGGGACAUUCAGCCACUUUUAGGUGCAAAGUACAUUGCACCUAACAUUGAUUCAAUAUCAUAGCAACCCCUCAACCCACCUACUGUAUAACCAUCUUAGAUUUGUAGCGUGAGUGACUACUUUAGCUGGAGUCUGUAACUGUCUCAACUAGAGAAGCCUAAGAUGUCCAAGACCGUGGCCUAGUUUGCUGGUUGUCACCUUCCUCUCUGACCUCCGUGUAUUGUCACUUUACGCCCAUAAAGAGAGCGAGCGAGAGAUGCUUGUUACAGCUGAGGAGAGAGAGGGGUCUCCUUACAGCUUAGGGGAGGAGAGCGAGAGGGAGGGAGAGGUGCACGGUGGUUACUGAGGUUACGGUAGAGGCGAACAUGAGGACGGGGUGACGACAUAAUGGUGUGCUUCUAAGAAACUGUGGCCACUCGUGCACAUAAAGUACUACAUCGUGUGUGUGUGGUGUUCUCCUUUCAUGUCCCCAUUCCCUCACAUGGGCAUUGCAGUGGCGGAUACUUGUAGGUUGAGUCCAGGAAGGUAAAAUAGAUCUUCACUUGAAACCAAAUUGAAUGAAUGAUAUGUUGAAAUGUCAGAGCUUGUUGUCAAGGACAGGCUGCUUCGGCUGUGAGUUAGACGAGGACAAGUUCUUAUUGAUCAGAGAGGGGUUUAAAAUGAAGCUUUACGUAAUGAUUGACAUUUGAUACUUCCCUGGCAGAUUUUACUCUCCAUUGUAUUGUUAUUUAAACGACCAGAAAUGUAGUAUAGUAUGAACAUGACAUUUACAAGAUUUCCAAAACAGGUUCUGUAAGUGCAGCCAUAGAAAGUCAACGUUAGCUUGGCAACUAGCCUUGGAGAUUGUUUCUAAGCCCCUUUUUUUAAUAUAAUUAGCCUUCGUGCUAGUGGAAGAGCAGUUUACCUCAACGCUUUCCAAUCGCUCUUUUAUUUGGCCACCACUUAAAGACCUUCAAUGGUUUCCUGCUGGAAAGGAGGAACUACUGUUAUCAUGAGUGUUCAGAAGACCGAUCUUUAAAUUUAUACUGAACAAAAAUUAAGUGCAACAUGCAACAAUUUCAAAGAUUUUACCGAGUUACAGUUCACAUGAGGAAAUCAGUCAAUUGAAAGCAAUUCAUUAGGCUCUAAUCUAUGGAUUUCACAUGACUGGGAAUACAGAUAUGCACCUGUUGGUCACAGAUAACUAAAUAAUUUUUUAAAAAUAAAAUGGGCCUCACGAUGGGCCUCAGGAAUUUGUCACCGUAUUUUUUUUGAACAUUCAAAAUGCCAUUGAGAAAAUGCAAUUGUGUUCGUUGUCUGUAGCUUAUGCCUGCCCAUAUCAGAACCCCACCAACACCAUGGGACAUUCUGUUCACAACAUUGUCGUCAGCAAACCACUCGCCGACAACACCCUACAUAUGAUGUGUGGUUGUGAGGCUGGUUGGACGUACUGACAAAUUCUCUAAAACGACAUUGGAGGUGGGUUAUGGUAGAGAAAUGAACAUUAAAUUCUCUGGCAAAAGCUCUGGUGGACAUUCCUGCAGUCAGCAUGACAAUUGCACACUCUCUCAACUUGAGACAUCUGUGGCAUUGUUGUGUGACACAACUGCACAUUUGUUAGAGUGGCCUUUUAUUGUCCCCCACACAAGGUGCACUUGUGUAAUGAUCAUGCUGUUUAAUCACCUUCUUGAUAUGCCAUACCUAUCAGGUGGAUGGAUUAUCUUGGCAAAGGAGAAAUGCUCACUAACAGGGAUGUAAAACUAAUAUGUGCACAAUCUUUGGCGAAAUAACCUUUUUGUGCGUAUAUAACAUUUCUGGGAUCUUUUAUUUCAGCUCAUAAGACAUUGGACCAACACUUUACAUGUUGCGUUUAUAUUUUUGUUCAGUGUAGUUGCCCGGUGCAUGUAGGCUUAAUCUUAAAAUCAUAGUCAGGGUGUUUCUCACCCAACCAUAUUGUGCACCAAUGUUUUAAACACAGAUUUUUCCAUCCAAACAGUUUUUGUAUUGAAGCAAGCCCUGGUUGGUGUCUGAAAAUCAUGCAGUGUGUUUGUAACACUCUCGGCAUCGUUAUGUUUUCGUUCCUUGCAGACAACUAAAUCUCAAGCCAUACAACCUGUCUAGGGACUUUAAUAUUAAUUGGUGUGUGACAAUGCUAUGUCUGUCACGUUGCAGCAGCCUUUGUUCAAUAUUUCCUGUAGGGAAGGAAGGUGAACAUUUUAUAAGUGGCUUCAAUGUCUUGCUUCACUGAUUUCCUUAAUUGUUCAAAUGCAAAUUAAUUUUUGUUUCCUUUCUCAGCUUCACGCUGAAUAAUUUUUCACAUUUAAUGGAUUGUUGAAGCUAUGUCUGUAUAAAUUCUCUGGCCUCGUUUGGAAGUGGGUUCAGGAAUCGCAAGGAGGAGGGUUACCCAGGACUAAGUUUGGCCAUGCUUGUGGUUCUGUCUGCAUUAUGCGUGCUUUACAUGUGUUUAUUUGUAUUUGUAUAAUUGCUGCUACAUGUGAUUUUUUUUUUCUUCUCCAUUCGGUUCACAUGCUUUAUUUGGGAUCCGUUGCUUUGUAUUUCUUCAUGUGUUCUACGAUGUGUUAAUGUGCUUCAUUUGGGUUCAUUUGAUUUAUAUUGCUUCUAGUACUUUUUAUAUUUGGUUCACAUACACUUUUUUUUACAUUGGCUCCAUGUGCUUGACAUGGGUCUAUGUGCUUUUUAAAGUCACUCCAUCUUAUGGUUGGCUACCUUACUGGAACCGAACCAGACUGACAUUAAGAGACCAAACGCUUCUUUCAUCUGAACUAGUGUCAUUACAAAAUUAUUGUUCUCCUUGCAUUUUUUAAAUAUAUAUUUUUUACCUUUAUUUAACUAGGCAAGUCAGUUAAGAACAAAUUCUUAUUUUCAAUGACGGCCUAGGAACAGUGGGUUAACUGCCUGUUCAGGGGCAGAACGACAGAUUUGUACCUUGUCAGCUCGGGGGUUUGAACUUGCAACCUUCCAGUUACUAGUCCAACGCUCUAACCACUAGGCUACCCUGCCGGAGCACUAGAUCAUGGGUAUAAAAACAACCUCUAUAGGACUAUGAUGGUUGACGAUCUGUCAGAAGGUCAUGUUUAUUAUGGCCUGACCCAUUACUGGCUGUACUGUAAAAGAGCUUGUUUUCUUUUCUCCUGCUGAGAAUGGACAGGUGGUUGGACUUGAAUAAUUAUUCCACAGUCAUCAUUUGCAUAUGUCAAAAUAAAAAAAUUAAUCUCAGAGUGAUCUCACUCCUGACGUGCACAUGUGGAUAUAACAUCUUAAUUAAACAUACUGCAGCCUGGAACAUUAUAAGCGAUCAACAAAGCAGAGCAAUGUAUGUCGACUUCCUUUCCUUACCUCUGAGUCUGUAACAAUUUGCUAAACCAUAUUGAUAAAAGCACUUUAACCGAUACCUUUAACUCAAAUCACUCACGUUAAAGCAAGGCGCAAUAAGAACGGGUAUUUUGUUCACACAGGCUUUGCAUGGCUAGUGUAACACGGGAUGUAUGUGUGGCAUUAAUAGUUUACGGUAAGGUCAGGUACGAAUUUGGAUCUGUCUAUGCCACAUGCAAGACAGAUGCAGGGAUGCAGUCUAACGUUGACCUAAAUCAGACUAGGAUGAAUGCUUUUCUUCGUGAAUUCCCUUGCUCUACGACAGAUGGCGUCCACAGCAUGGUGAUUGUAUUUCCCACCAGCCACUCAUCCUUUUUUUUUUUUUUUUUUUCUUCUUCUCGUAGAUCUCUGUUUUAAUGUCGGCUAAUUGAUCUCCAAUGAUUUGCAAUGUGUACUUCGCAAUAAUACAAAUAUUUUAUUUUCUAUACAAGUGAAUUCAAAUCUAUAAGUCAAUAUGUUAUAUAAAUAUAUAAUGUUACUGUAAAAUAUCAAACUGUAUGGAAAAAUGACACUAGUGACAACUGUGCACUGUAUUGUUGGUUAGCCUAGCUUAAGCAUUCCAAACCUUGGAUUACGAAAACAAACUAAUGCAGUAAUGUUGAAAUGAAACUAUACCAAAUUAAAGUUGUAAUUUAUCAAAAUAUA